AUUGCGCAUGCGCUGUGCAACUCGAGUGUCAAGUGUGUAUUAGUACCGCCAUGUCCAAAUUGAAAACUUUAACCUGGCCUCAGGUGGUUCUGUUCGGGGAUUCCAUCACACAGGGUUCCUUCCAAGUGAACGGAUGGGGUGCAGGCAUCGCAGAUAAAUUAGCAAGGAAGUGUGACGUAAUCAACAGAGGGUUGUCGGGCUACAACUCCCGAUGGGGAAGGAUUGUUCUUCCUCGUAUACUGCAUCAGGACAAGUCGGAAAACAUCGCAGCAGUUACUGUCUUCUUUGGAGCCAACGACUGCGCCCUGCAAGAUAAAAACCCUCAGCAACAUGUCCCUCUGCACGAGUACUCGGAGAACCUGAAGUCAAUGAGCAGCUACCUGACCAAGGUGGGGGUCCCUGCAGGCAAAGUCAUCUUCAUAACCCCUGCUCCCAUCAAUGAAGCAGCCUGGGAGAAAGAAUGCAAGCUGAAAGGUUGUCCUCUCAAUCGACUGAACUCCGUGGCGGGCCAGUACGCUCAAGCGUGCGUCCAAGCGGCUUCUCAAUGCGGUGUUGACGUCUUAGACUUGUGGACGCUCAUGCAAAAAGACGGACAGGACUUCACAGUCUACCUGUCGGAUGGCCUCCACCUGUCUGCAAAAGGCAACCAGUUUGUGAUGCAGCACCUUUGGGAGCUGCUGGAGAGCAAAGUGGCUCAUCUGCCCUUGAUCCUGCCCUAUUGGGGGGAUGUGGACGUUGGGAGCCCCGAGAACAGUCUGCUGUGUGACCCGUAAACUCGAAGAUAGACAGACGGCAUGAGGACUCUGAUUUUUAAGAGCUUUGAAUGUCAUGUUUUUUGUAUACAAUCAUUUAUUGGGAUGUUUUUAAGUAAUGCAAGCGGUGGACAUGAAUAAAAGCUUUACAUUGAUUAACAAU